GACGACAGACGAGAGAGGUCCCUCGCCACGCCAGCAGCCCACGACCCUCGAGUGGCGCCCCCGCCCCCAGGACUCUCCAGUCUGUGGCUGCGGGGUCUCCGACGUGAGCCGACCCUUCCCGGGUGUCCGCGUCCCCACGGGCACUAUGAACGAAGAGGAGCAGUUUGUAAACAUUGAUUUGACUGAUGACAACGUUUGCAGUGUUUGUAAACUGGGAACAGACAAAGACACACUCUCCUUCUGCCACAUUUGCUUUGAGCUAAAUCUCGAGGGAGUACCAAAGUCUAAUCUUUUACAUACCAAAUCAUUGAGAGGCCAUAAGGACUGCUUUGAAAAAUAUCAUUCAAUUGCAAACCAGGACUGUUCACGAUCCAAGCUUUCCAAAAGUACUUACGAAGGGGUUAAAACAAUUCUGAGUAAGAAGAUAAACUGGAUUAUACAGUAUGCCCAAAAUAAAAACCUGGAUUUGGAUUCUGAGUGUUCCAAAAGUUCCCAACAUCACCUGUUUAAUUUCAGGCAUAAGUCAGAUAAGAAGUUACUCCCACAAUUUGACUCUCAGGUGCCAAAGUACUCUGCAAAGGGGACAGCUGGAAACACUGGUGCCAUCUCAAGCUACACGAAAAGGAUUUUGGAGCAGAGGGAAAGUGCAGACUUUGGGCUUGCUAUAUUGGAAGGCUCGGGCGCAUUGUGGCCUCACAGUCACAACCAGGCACAGAAAGCAGAAGAAACAAGCUCUGCUUUAGAGGCAAAUGUCCAGACCCGGAAUCCACAUUAUAGCAGAGAAGAAUUGAAUUCAAUGACCCUUGAUGAAGUAGAACAACUGAGUACAAAGCUCCAACAGCAAAUCCAGGAAGUUUUUGAAGAGUUAGCACACCAAGUGCAAGAAAAAGAUUCUUUGGCGUCAGAGCUCCAUGUCCGCCAUGUCGCCAUCGGGCAGCUUCUCAAGAACUGUUCCAAGUUACCAUGCCUCCAAGUGGGACGGACGGGGACGAGGCCACACCUGCCCAUGAACAACUGAGCUAAAUGCAGUGUUUAUGCCUUAUCCUCUGCUGGUCUGCUAAGCAUGUGCACCUAGAACCCGUUUGAAGAAAGUUAUGGUCCAUUUUUAUGGUGGUUGUACUUGCAAAAUAUAAGAUAAUAUUUAUUAUCUUUAUCUAAUAAAGCAGAUCACUCUAGACUAGGGUUAAUCAUUUGACUUCAUUUGGGGACUUUUUCUUAAAUUACUAAAUCUCCUCCUUAACUUUUACCAUGUAUGACUACUUAAAAUAUACUGUUACAGUGUGUUUUUAUUGAGCAUUUUUUAUUGUAACUCAGCUGUCAAAACAACAGAAGCCUAAUAAGGUCUUAUGUCAAUCUAAACUAGUAGAGAUAAUUUUAAAGAUGGAAGUAGAAUUAAUAUCACCUUAUUUAUGAGCAAUAUUUUAAUAUAAAAUUUUAUAUAUAAAAUUGCUAUUUUGGGUACUUUUCAUUGUCUUUAUAAACGUGUAUUUGCACUUCUGUGUGUGAAUAUGUUAACCCAUGUGAAGAUCACUGCAUUUGGGGAUACAGUGUUUUUAUAACUGUUAUCUUUCUUCUUUCCAAAGAUAAAUGUGUUUUGGAUAGUAUUCAGAGAAGCAGUCUACCCAAGGUAGCUCUUCUAACAACUAAGAGGAUAUGCAAGUGGAAGUAAUCACUUUUUAA